AUGACAUACUUACUAAUUGUCCUAUUUAUACUGCCUACUUAUGUCGCUGGAUUAUUUGGUAGCAAAAAGAAUAUUACAGUAAUUGGUCAUAUUGACUGCGGAGAAAAGGGAUACAGUGGUGUUACGGUUACAUUAUGGGAAGAUGAUUUACUUAAUUUUGACGAUAAGUUGGAUUCAACACAUACGAACAGUACUGGACAUUUCCACUUGUUUGGUGAAACAAGAGAGAUUCGAAAUAUUGAGCCAUACAUUACAAUAAAACACAGCUGCAACAGUGGUCAUCAUGAUGUCAGAUGUUUGUAUACGGAUCGAUACAAUGUCCCUAAAAGUUAUCAAGGAAUGACUUACAAUUUUGGCAAUAUUGAACUAUCAACAGCAACAAUGAAACGAAAAUCAAAAUGCUAUUGA